UCGAAGAUAACAAAUUAAGGCAAUUAGAGGCUGAAGCUGCAAAUUUAAAACAAUCUCUUGCCUAUAAAGAUCAAACCAUAGCUCAUAAAGAUCAAACCAUAGCCCAGAAAGAUCAAUCUCUUGCCCAAAAAGAUCAAACCAUAGCUCAUAAAGAUCAAACCAUAGCCCAGAAAGAUCAAUCUCUUGCCCAAAAAGAUCAUGCCAUAGCCCAGAAAGAUCAAACCAUAGCCCAGAAAGAUCAAUCUCUUGCCCAAAAUGAUCAAGCCAUAGCCCAAAAAGAUCAAACUAUAGCCCAAAAAGAUCAAAUUAUAGUCCAAAAGGAUCAAACCAUAGCUGACUUAAAUACAAAGGUAUCAUCUAUAUUAGUUGAAGAUAAAAAAUUAGAGACUGAAGUUGCAAAUUUAAAACAAUCUCUUGCCCAAAAAGAUCAAACCAUAGCCCCAAAAAACAAAACUAUAGCCCAAAAGGAUCGAACCAUAGCCGACUUAAAUACAAAGGUUCAACAAACAUCUACAUUUAACCAAUUUCAAGAACUAAAUAACAUAGCUUUGAACUGUACUGAACUUGAUUUUGAUAAACUAAGACAAGAAAUUAAAAGACUUAAAUUGAAAGAUUUUAAUCCUUAUUUUCAAAAGCAAAAAAAUAGCUUUGAACAAUUAAUAUCUGCCGCUAAAAGUAAAGCAGGGGAUAGCUUAACUUCCAUUUUAGUUCUUUUCUUACAGACUAACGAACAAAUUAUUGAAUCAGGAAUUGAGAGCAAUAAUUCUUAUACUCGAGGGUAG